UGGGUACUGCAGCCAAACAUGGCGGCCCCCGUGAGGACGUUGUGCUGUUCAGUGUUGAGGCUCUCCAGCAGGCAGUUCAGCACCACAUGUGGAGUUCAGGCUGGAGAGAAAUGGAGGAAAGAACAUGGACUUGCCCGCAGCGGCUCAGAAUACGGCCCUAUGACAGAUCUGCCUGACUGGUCCUUUGCAGACGGGAGACCUGCACCUCCACUGAAGGGCCAGAUGAGGAGAAAGCAGGAGAGGGAAGCUCAAGCUAGACGCAUCGUGAUGCUGAGCUCGGAGAUGGACAGAGGAAUAGAGGCGUGGAGGGAAAAACUGGAAGAGGCCAAAAGAGCGGAGGAGCACAAAAAGUCUCUUUUACUGAAACCUAAAGGGCAGUUGUUAAGGAAGAAAAAAUCUAGUUGAAUUAACAUGUUCUGACCAUGUCGUCACGUCUUUAUUCUGUGGAUACCAGUGUAUCGAAUAUAUUUAUGAAGACUCUUCGGGUUCUUGCCUGCUUUAGAAUUUGUGUUUUUCACUAAUUUCUGCAAUAAAUGUUCUGAUUUAUAAUUGAAA